AUGACUGGAAUGAACGCCUCCGUUGCCGCGGGUUGGUAUACCUUCUCCAACCUCGGCCCCAUCACAACAACAUUCACCCCUGCCCCGAGCUGUACUGCAUCUGGGCGUGCCAUGAUCGGCUACCUGGUUGAGCAUGGAGAAUAUUUGGACCUCGUGUAUAAUGCAGAGCCCACCUCUAAAAUCAAGUUCGAUGGCUGUACGCCAUCUCCUUCGCCAACAACCACCACCGCGCCGAAGAAACCUAUUCACUUUACAUCUGAAGAACAAUAUUCUGCCUUUGUGGCUCACCAAGUGGACUGGGUGAACACAGGUGUCUACUAUUCCCCUGGCUUGCACUGCCCUUCAGACUGGGAGACGGUUGGCUUGGUAGCCCGCGACGCCAGCAGCUCGCUCAGCUCAUCGGGCAUCUAUGUUCCUACCACCACUACCACAAGUACCGACACGAAGACAACGGAUCAUUACUAUUAUCCCAGUAUCGAAUAUGAGUAUCCUGCUUCCGUGCUGAAGGGCAUCUUGGAGCCUAAGGAAACAAUGGUGGCGUGCUGUCCUAGUGGUAUGAGUGUCGAUAUGGGUGGCUAUUGUUACUCUGCAAUUGAAGGCUACAAAGUCACCGCUGGCUACCAGGUCGGCGUGGGAAUGAACUACGGCUACGGAUCGACUACGGACACCGUGACAUUUACACGAGACAGUACAACAAUCGUUGAGACCGAGUAUAUUCGGUAUGAGACGGCGACUACGUACCACACAGAUACAUUGACACAAAGCUUUGACCGCGUCGACAGGUCUUUCUACAGCGCGUUCUCUUAUGCGCCUGUGAUCACCAUGCUGCAUCACGAGUCCGAUUUGAGGUCUGCAACUGCGACUGCAUCUGCUGCUGCCGCCGCCACCACUACCUCCAAUGCUGCUGGUAGAAUCUCUGCUCGUGCGUCGCUGUGGAAUGGGCUUAGCUAUAUGGUUGGAAUCUCGGCGGUUACUGCUGCGCUGGGGGCUGCUAUGAUCUUGCCCUGGUAA